CGUGAGGAUACUCCCAUGAUGGGGUGAAGGACCUAAGGAUCCUUCCUGCUCUUCAAGGUUGGCUAUGCUCAGACACCUGGGCUGAAUGUGGGGCCAAUUACUGUGACACUAGAGCUGGUCCCUUGCUUCCCUGACCUUGUCUGUCUCUCGCCCCCAAAGAGAUUAGUGUCUAGGUUACCCAAGCCUACAGCCGCUGCUUGGUGGCCUUGCCACCCCCACAAUCCGCAGGUAUAAAAUCAGGUGGCCAAGGUAGGAAGGCAACAAGAAUGGGGAGGCUCCAGGUAAGAGCGUAGGGCCCAGGGCAUCUCCCAAUCCCACCAGACUCCAGCUGGUACAGAAAGAAGGGCAGCCCUGUAACCUGUGGGGGUGGUGGUGUCCUGGCUGGUGGACUCAAGCAGCACAGAAAGGAAUUUGCGGGCAGGUGACGGGCCCCUAAGGCCAGGAUUUAUACUAUAUCCUGGUCCGGAGUCUGGGAGGGAAAGCCCAGUUAGACUGAGGCACAACUAUGUCCCAGGGGCUGCUGCUAUGGCUGCUACUGGGCCACGGUGUGGUGUGGGCCUCCAGGGGCCCGCUGCGGCCACUGUGCCGGCCUGUCAACGCAACCCUGGCUGCAGAGAAUGACGUCUGCCCGGUCUGCAUCACCUUCACCACCAGCAUCUGUGCCGGCUACUGUCCUAGCAUGGUACGAGUGCUGCCAGCUGCCCUGGCGCCUGUGCCCCAGCCCGUGUGCACCUACCGUGAGCUACACUUCGCAUCUGUCCGCCUCCCUGGCUGCCCGCCGGGGGUGGACCCCAUGGUCUCCUUCCCUGUGGCCCUCAGUUGCCGCUGCGGGCCCUGCCGUCUCAGUAGCUCUGACUGCGGAGGUCCCAGAGCUCAACCAUUGGCCUGUGACCUCCCCCGCCUCCCUGGCCUCCUCUUCCUCUGAGGCGCACCCCUAACGCCUCUAUCUCAAGGAGCUGGCAGGUGUUCCAACCGUCCCUCCAAUAAAGGCUUUACAACUGCA